AUGGCAUCAUUAUUGACAGCCGAAGAUUAUACAAUUAUUUCUCGUCUUUUAUUAUUCUUUUCCACUUCGUACGGACCUAAUGGUCGGCUGAAAUUAAUUCAAACGCUGGAUCGUUCGAUGAGUACCUGUACUUCCAUGAGUACCCGUAUACAGCGUCAAUUAAAGUGUCGCUCGCUUAUCUCACGUUUAUUAUCAGCUGCUAUUAAUAAACAAAUAUCCACCUAUCACGAUGGUGGGCUUUACUUUAGCAUUCUCUUCUGUAGUUUUCUCAAGCAGUUUCGUGAUUUGACAUCAGAGACGAACAGAUCACCUGUAGUCUUAUUCGAGCAGUGUUUAAAUUUACUCGACCAAUUCGUUCUUCCAAUCGAAACAGUAACAUUCAGUUCUAUUGAUCAAUUACUGGCUAUUGCUCGAUCUAUUCUUUGUAAACCAUUGAUUUACGGCCAUUCCGAUGUGUUAAGAGAACAGCUAUGUCUCCUAUCAGUGAAAUCAUUUCUCGAAAAUAUGACUAUGGUUAAUUCAUCUAUGCAACAGUUAACUCUAACUGUCGAAGGUUUGCCUAUCGAAGAAUCAACUUUAAUCAAUGGUUUACUUUUUCAAACAUCCACGUCGUUACUCUUACCUUCGAAAACAACGCGCACGUGUCUUUAUUUCACUACGUCUCUCGCUGGAGAUUAUACGAUCGAUGAUGUGGAUCAUAUCGAAAUGGAAACACAAAUGUUUGAAUGGAUUCAAAAUACUGCUGAUCAGAUAUCAAAACAAAUCAUUGCGCAUGCUCGUUUACAUCAUAAUGGAUUGAUUCUUUGUCAAAAAGUGAUACAUCCUUCUGUUAAAGUCAAACUAAAACAGUAUGGUAUUGAUACUAUUGAUCGACUCGGUCGGCAAUAUACACCUUAUUUAUGUUAUUUAACUGGUUGUCGACCAAUUGAAACAUUGAAUUUACGAACAGUGGACGAACGAUACUUUGGUACAUUAACAGAAAUCAAACAAGUUCAGAUUGAAAGCAAACAAUUCUUGCAAUUUUUCAAUCAAACUCAUCCGUUCCAUACACUUUUACUCUGUGCAAACACAGAACAAUCUCUGCUCGAACUCAAAGAAUGUAUGGAUGCAAUUCAUCACAGUCUGACGAAUAUUUUACAAACCAAACAAACAUUAUACGGCGGUGGUUGUUCAGAAAGUAUGCAGAUUUUCUAUUUGAAAUCUCAACCGCGGACACAAUACUUAUCAAGCGUUAUACGAAACGUUCUCCGUGCUCAAUUCGAUCAAGACUAUGUUAUCGAUCGCAUUCAUGGCCAUAUGUGGUUGUUAUCAGAUAGUGACAGAAUAAGCGAUAGAUGUGCUUGCGAAUUGUACAAAGCAACAGACGAUUUUUGCUUAAGUGAAUGGAAGAAUUUAACAUUUAACUUGAACGAUGAUACAAACCAGGAAGUGAAAAUCAUCGUGCAUGAUGAGAGAAAAUUAGCAUUAUCUUUGUAUAUCUAUUUGUCGCCUAUGCCUCAGACAAUCGUCGAACGAUCUGUGAGUCAAUAUGACGAGAUUCCAAAAGCACGAAGCAGUCAUACAUUAACAGCGAUCGAUAAUAAUUUGUACGUAUUCGGUGGCGAACAUGAACCACGUGUGCCAAUUGACAACGAUGUGUGGCAGUUCAGCAUCUCCGAUAAUCAUUGGAAACGAUUAUUGGUCAAUAGCGGAGAUCGACCAGCAGCGAGACUAGGCCAUGCAGCAGCAGCUGUUGAACAUAAAUUAUUUAUUUUCGGUGGACGUCUUUCUGUCGACAUGAAAGACAGUACACUGAACGAGUUAUAUUCAUUUGACGUUGAUUUAAAUGAAUGGACACAGUAUAAAAAAACGUCGGAUGCUGAGCCGUGGCCAGCAAAACGAAGUUAUCAUUCGAUGGUUAGCAGUGUUGACCAGUUAUUCAUAUUCGGUGGAUGUGGCGAAGAAGAUCGUCUGAACGAUUUAUGGCAGUAUGACACUUGUGAUAAACAAUGGAGACAAUUACCUUCACCUGAUCCUCAAAAAUUGGUAGCUCGCGGUGGCUGUGGAUUUGUUUAUCUGAAUAAUGCACUUUGGGUAUUUGGCGGCUUCUGUGGUCACGAAUUGGAUGAUAUAGCUAGUUUUGAUUUAGUAACACAAUCGUGGACAUAUUUAACGGAUGCAAAGAUUUCUCCACGUAGCGUGUUUGCUUAUGGAAGUUUGAAUGGCGUCAUAAUUGGACAUGGCGGCGAGCAAAAUCCGUCGCAGUUAGGUCAUGCUGGCGCUGGUGAAUUUGCUAAUGAUGUUAUUCUUAUUGAACCAACAAAAGAAAAUGGCGAUCGGGUUCAAACGCAACGGCUUGAAUUUCCUUCGCCAGUUGGUGGCAACCGUGGAUGGCAUGCCGGUGCUGUAUUAAAAAAUAUUUUCUACGUUUUUGGUGGUAAUACAUCGGAAAAUGAACGUGACAAUUCAUUGCUUGCCAUUGAGUUUAAGUAA